AAGUUUAUGGGGACAAAUCACCAAUUAAGCCUUAUAAAGUUAUAACCCAAAAAUAAAAUAAUGAACAAAGAAAUGUUCUUUUUCGGUUACAUCACAUAGGCCCAAAAGAAAAACUAGACCACAACGAGUAUGGGUUCAAUCUUCAUAAGGCAAAGGCUUUAAUUAUCAUUGGAUAACCUAAAUUCACAUUGAAAUAAAUAACCAUUACUUCUUUUUUUCGCAAAAUAAAAAUUUGACAUAUAAUCGACAAUACAAAAAGAAAAAAUUUGUGUACAAGUGUCAAACUGCGACAAGCACUGCGAGUCACUUGGAGUUUGUUGUGCUCAAUUAUCAGCUUCUUACCACUUCUCCAAUCCUUGUUUGUUUGUUUGUUUAAUUCAUUAAUUAUUAGAGCAGGGUCAAUUAUCUGAUUACAAAUCACAGAGCAGAUUAAGUUCUUGUGCACCUAAGUACGUACUCCGUAGGUAGCUGAAGAGAGAGAGAGAGAGAGAGAGAGAGAGAGAGAUGGCGACUGAGCAACAGGUAUCGAAGGAAGCCAUGGCAACGGUGGCUGAGAAGGCACCAAUCACCGCGGAGAGGAAGGUCCGCAAUGAUCUGGAGACCAAGCUCCCCAAGCCUUACAUGCCUAGAGCUAUGACUGCUCCUGAUACGGAGAACAUCAAUGGCACAUGGGGACAUAAGCAUUGUAAUAUGUCUGUGCUUCAGCAGCAUGCAGCUUUUUUCGACCAAGACAAGGAUGGUAUCAUCUACCCUUCCGAGACAUAUAGAGGAUUUCGUGCACUCGGGUUUAAUGUCGUUGCUUCUUUCAUUUUCAUGGUUCUUGUCCAUGCAGCAAUGAGUUAUGCAACUCUGCCUACAUGGAUGCCUUCACCUUACUUUGCAAUACACAUCGAAAACAUACACCGGGCAAAGCAUGGAAGUGACUCAGGGGCCUAUGACACAGAGGGAAGGUAUAUUCCGGCAAAUCUUGAGAAUCUGUUCAGCAAGUACGCCUGUACCGUGCCUGAUAAGCUCACCUUCAAGGAGCUUUGGCACAUGACUCAAGCUAACCGUGACGCCUUUGAUUUCUUUGGCUGGAUUGCAAGUAAACUGGAAUGGGGAGUUCUGUAUGUUCUUGCGAAAGAUGAACAUGGCUACUUGGCAAAGGAAGCCGUGAGGCGCUGUUUCGAUGGAAGCUUGUUCGAAUACUGUGCCAAGUCGCAGAAGGGUGCUGUUGGUAAACUCGGAUGAGGAAGAGCGUCAUAGUUUAUGAUUUGUUGGUUUGUGUUUGUAUUAGUUCUUGAGCUUGAUAGGCGUUUUCUUUUGUUCUGAGAUUUGA